AAGUUUCCAUAUACAACAACAACAACUAAUCGGUGGAGUCACUUCGCUAAGGAAAGAAAGAAACAGAAAAAGAAAAAAUGGUGCAAGAGGAAAUCAGGAAGGGUCCAUGGACUGAACAUGAAGAUGUUCAGCUGGUUUUCUAUGUGAAUUUGUUUGGCGAUCGCAAAUGGGACUUCAUAGCCAAAGUUUCAGGUUUGAAGGUGGCGGGAGACAAAUAUACGGGUUGAAAAGGACAGGAAAGAGUUGUCGAUUGCGUUGGGUUAAUUACCUCCACCCUGGCCUCAAACGCUGUAAGAUGACCCCCCACGAGGAGCGGCUUGUGCUUGAACUUCACAACAAAUGGGGAAAUAGAUGGUCAAGGAUUGCCCGCAAGUUACCUGGGCGAACUGACAACGAGAUCAAGAACUACUGGAGGACUCACAUGAGGAAGAAAGCGCAAGAGAGGAAACGAGCCACGUCUCCAAUAUCCUCUGUUUCCAACUGUUCUUCAGCGUCAAGCAAUGCUCCUGUGGACUCUACGCCGGUGGUUGAGACCAAGGAACGAAGCUUUUAUGACACCGGUGGUGUGGUGUUUGCUCCAUCUUCAAUAUCAACUUCUAAAAGUUCUUCUGCUUCGUUGUCAAACAAUCCUCCAAUGGAUUCCAUGGUGACUGUCGCAGAAACCAAGGAAAUAAGCUUUUUUGAUACUGGCGGCCUUGAGAUGUCGGUUCCAAAGGGAAAGAAGGAUCAGGAAGAGUACUCCAUGGAUGACAUAUGGAAAGAUAUCGCUAUGUCUGAAAAUGAAACAAUAAAAUCAUAUCAUGAUGGCUAUGGCGAAGAGGGUUGCAAUUUCUUCGGCCAAACAAUGACUUCUCCAGUCUGGAACUACGCUCCUGACUUGGCAUGGAUGAUGGAGGAAGAGGAGAGUAAGUUGUUCCCCGCUAUAAGCGAUCAAAUUUUUGGAUGUUAUGAGCAAGCGAGCUCAGAUCUAACCGGCUAAUCAUAUUCUCAUUUAUUCAAAUUUGUUCAUAGGUGUAAUAUAGGUAGUAUGGAUAAGGAAGCAACUCUAACUUGUAUAGCAUGGGGUUUGAAUUUGCAGUGUUCAGUUUUGCUUGCAAAUCGACCUUGUGCAUAUAUAAUUAUAGUCAGUGUCUGUGUCUCUGUCUGUGUCCGUGUUUGUAUGCUAUAUAAUCCAUGUAAUGUGUACUAUACAAGUCUGUGUUCCAAUAGUUAGAUGAAGAUUGUGUUCUAUGAAAUUUGUAUCUCUCUUUAUGCA